AUGACCCCCAGCUUCAAUCUCAACAGUAACGGCUCAGCAUCGUCCUACUUCACACCCCAGUCCAGUUCAGGACCCAAUGGAGUUAUGUCACCCAGCGCAACACUCUCGGCAGCAUCAGGACGGGCCCAUCAACGCAACAGCAGCAGUAAUGGACCACCCGUGUCAGCCACAGGAGUCACAGGAGCCGUAGCAGUGGGAGCAGGUGCCGUAGGGCAACGGAACAUUGUUGGAGUGUUACUGCCCAACGGCGGUGGACCCGAUCCUGAUUCUGCGCCUCAAGAAUCCAUGUUCCUCUGUCUUCAGGAUCUUUUCCAACGGAUCCAAAACCAUUCCAAGAAGACUCAAUUCUUCACCCCUACCGCCUUUGUCGCCAAAGUCAAGAAAGAGAAUGAGCUGUUCAGGAGUUCAAUGCAUCAGGACGCACACGAGUUCUUGAUGUUCAUUAUCAGCACUAUUUCCGAAGAUAUCGAAGCAGACCACAAGCAGAACCUCAAAGAAAUCGAAGAUAAUCAGCACAAACCAGCAACUCUGAACGGGACGGCGACGAGCAACGGCAAUGGCAUCGCGAAUGGAUCUGUUGGCGCAAAGAGUUCGACCGAGGAGGUGUCGAUGACGCUGUCGGGCGGAGAUGAGGUCAGGAUCAAGGUGAAUGGCGCCGAUAUCAACACGGUGUCGACAUCAGGAGGAAGCACCCAUGGGAACGGCCACCUUGGCGGCGGUGGAGAGUCGAUUGGCGACCGGUCAUCGAUUCAGUCUGAUAAUACGAUACCCAAGCCCAAGGAGAAGAUGUGGGUUCAAAAGUUGUUUGAAGGCCAGCUCACAAACGAGAUUAAAUGCCUCACAUGCGAAAAGACAACAAAUAGAGCAGAGUCGUUCAUGGAUCUUUCGCUGGAUAUUGAACAAAACUCGUCUGUGACGAGCUGCUUGCGACAGUUCUCUGCCUCCGAGAUGCUGUGCCACAAGGACAAGUUCUAUUGCGAUGAGUGCUGUGGACUCCAAGAAGCUGAGAAGAGGAUGAAAAUUCAACAACUCCCCAACAUCCUCUCGCUCCACCUCAAGAGAUUCAAGUAUCAGGAAGCACUCCAGAAGUAUGUCAAGCUUUCAUAUCGUGUCUCGUUCCCUUUAGAGCUCCGACUCUUUAACACUGUGGACGACAUGGAGGACCCCGACAGGAUCUACGACUUGAAUGCAUUUGUUGUUCACAUCGGAAGCGGGCCUCAUCACGGACACUACGUCGCAGUCGUUAAGCACGAAGACAAGUGGCUGAUUUUUGACGAUGAGACUGUCGAGGCGAUUGACGAAACGGACAUCCACAAGUAUUUUGGAGAUUCUGCGCAGUUGGGAUCGGGAUACGUCUUGUUUUACCAGGCACGAGAUUUGGAUAUGAGCACGAUUGCGCCGAUGCAAUGGGCACAACAGCAGCUCCAGUCUUCGUUCUCGCUCAAGAGCCCAAUCAUUGGAUCUUUGCCCUUCUCACCGACCAGUGGACUUGGAUCGGCCGAUUUGGACCAUUUUGGAGGGUUGAUGCCUCAUACCCAGCAGCAGGAACUUAUCCAUCAACAAUUGGCCAGUCGGCAGCAGCAGCAGCCAGUCCAACAGCAGCAGCAAAAUGGAGGAGUGAUGGGAGCCCUGUUUAAUGGCGGGUCGGCACCAAGUCCAGUCUCGCAGGCCCACUUGGCGAACGGCAGCAGCAGCUGUACGACAGCCAACGGUGGACCCUGGAGCCCAACACAGAUCCAGGACCCAUCGAUGCUGAACGGCCAAAAAAUCACCAGUGGGUCGUAUGUCUACACCAACGGAAUCGCAGCCGCCACUUCGUCAGGACAGCCUCAUUACACUUCGACCAAUGGAUACCAUCCGCAUUCGACGACGACGGGAUCUUCUUUUAUCCCCUCGGAUCCUUUACCCUUACCCCACACCUUUUCGUCCCCUUCGCCUGCUUCCACUUCUUCACAUUACUCUUCUUCCUAUAAUCACAGCAACGGAUACGGACACGGACACGGACACGGACACGGACACGGUACCAACGGAAAUCACGGUCCUGUCCCCCCAUCACCCACGUCAGCCUCUCACUACUUCAAGCCACCAUCAGCGUCUUCAGCAUCCCCAUCUCCGAUUCCACAUACGACCAUCGACCCUGCAAAACUCAAGCGCGCUCACAGCACACCACGCAUCAGCCUGGCCUCGGCCGCAAAGACCUUUGGCUCCUCUGGCGGAAAGUCUUUUAUCGGCAGUCUACGAGGCGGUAGUAGUUCCUGA